CGCCCCGCUGCCAUAAUCAACCGGGUGUUUAGAUAAUCCAUUGUUGCCACGAAUACGACCCGUUUCUCAUUAUCACCAACGAUUCUAGCCGGAAAUAUCAGAUCCAGGGUUUCGCGCAUCAUCCUGGCCAAGGGAGCGACUAGACAUCGACUGAAGGCAGCCGUCUUAGUGACCAUCUCCACACCGAUUUUACCUUGUAAUUUUUAUUGUGCCCUGGGUUAUGUCUUUCCUUGUAACUGGAUAGAGUAUCUCUUUCCAUGAUGGUAGAUGCACCAAAUCAGUCAAAGAACAGUACCCCGAAUUUGGCCAGUCCUUUUUCACCGCCAAACCAGCCGCAGAGAAGAGAUACUUCAGUCGCAACCAUGGCACGGCAAUACGAGUUCUUCGUGACGACGACAAAGCCACAUCUGCCAAACGGAGCCGAACGGGGCAUGAUUCGUCGACUAGUCAUGCGUAACUUCUUCGAUACGAAAAUAACUGCGCCGCAGGCGGAUAUUCCAGAGCAAAGCUCAGCAACCACCGUCAUGGCAAGAAAUCAGCUAAGUAGUCGGUUUCGAGUCCAAAGAUCGAAAAACGACAACGCGACCAAAGGCGGAAAACUGGUGUCCAAGAAUGGAAAAGGCAAAACCAAGGGGAAAAGACGUUCGUCGCCCAUAGGUACGACAGAAGCCCAUCUCAUGAAUCAAAUAACAGGAAAAGGAUACUUUACAGCAAAAGAUGCAAAAGGAAGAUCGAGAGAAGGGACAGUCGAAUCGAUAUUGAAAAUUCCCAAGUUACGGAUAGAUCCAAGCGCUCACCGUAUCGAUCCUUUUGACAUCUUGCCGAUACCAGGGACACCACAUUUCGAUAUGUUAUUUCAGCUAUACAAAAGCGCACCCAAAACUAAUUCCAUUGCUAUUGACGCCAAAAAUACAUGGCCAAUCUGGGCCAUCCAUGAUGCAGGCCUUUUGCAUGCUACGCUAGCAACGUGGGCAAUAUACGGAGUGCUCGCAAAGGGCCUUAGCGAGCUACAUUGCUGUCAUCUCAAGCACAAAAGUGAUGCCAUCAAUGCCAUUAGUUCCAAGCUCACAGAGCCUGAUGGAGUCGUCUCAGACGAGGUUAUUGGUACUGUCUUGACACUUGCAAGUUUUGAGAAUCUUUUCGGAGCAUACGAUACCGCUCAAAUGCAUUUAAUGGCUCUAAAUCAAAUGUUGACUGCGAGAGGUGGAUUAUUCGCACUUGGGCACAACGAUGGCUUGCUGCGCGGCAUUCUAUGGGCAGAUUUCCAUACUGCUGCGGCCUUCCGGACACCGCCUUCAUUCCCGCUUGUGUGCCUUGAUCCAGAUGCACCUCUCCUCCCUGACGAACUCAUGGAAGAAGCAGCGUACAAAUCACCCACAUCUCUGCUUCAGUUGUCCCUUGCUGCGACAGAGUGUUUUAAUAUCUUUUACCGCUUACAUCGAAUCGCCCUAGCAAUGUCCUCACAUUGGUCUGGAAAGGUUCCCCGACUUACGCUAAGCAACCUCCUCUACGAUAUGCAACACAUUGUUCUCUCUGUUCCCGAUCGAUCGCGCGACUUUAUCGAGUUUGACAGAGAAGUCCAAGCCGGCAGAAACGAGGGCGAAGAGAACCAGAGAAAGAGAGCAGAUGCAGCAAGUGUGGUCGAGGGUCUUCUCGCUGCAACACUGAUCUUUGUAUAUACUGCCUUACGGGGAUUGCCAGCCAAUGCGAAGAUCCUUGCCAUUCUCCUGGGUCGGCUGCGCAUCGCCAUCAAUCGACCCGCAACUUCAGCCGUAGAGGUAUGGGGACGCGAAAAGAACUUGAAGACGCUGGUCUGGGUGUUGGUCGUGGCAUGUUCGGUUGUGAAAUCGGAUGAAGAUCGCGCUUGGUGGAUUUCGAAGCUUUCUGGCGUGUGUGGUAUACUGGGGAUUGAACGCCAGGCUGAGCUGGAAGAUACCAUGCAGCAUAUAGCCUGGAUUGAUGUAUUCUUCAAUCGUAAACUAGAUAAGAUAUGGGAAGAGAUGACACUGUAGUUAGUUACAGUGAUAGACAUGUUGGUUGGAACUGCCAAGGAAGAUACGCAGGGCGAUAUGCAAGGUUGAACAUAGGCAUAUCAAAGAUGGAGGGAUGGCACAUCUAUCUAACCGUGAUGCCUAGAAGAUAGUGGCGGUGAUGGCUCUUCCCAAUAGUUGCAAUCAAAGCAUCUUGUUAUAUCUGUGACAAGUAGUUUUGAGUGCACAACGAG